AUGGUUGAGCCACUGCAAGCACUAAAAAACUUGAUUCUGAGAAGCUUGGGUGCUGAUUUGGCUAUUGAUUACACUGAGGAGAAUGUGGAAGACCUGCUUGAGAAAUUUGAUGCAGUUGUUCAUUUUUGGGCCCCAACUUUUAAAUGGGGUCUAACCAUUGCAAAUAUUCUUGACUCCUCAAAACCACCUGAGGACUUAUCCUAUGCUCAGCAAUCAGUCCUUGCAUGCAGUGGACUUAUAUGGGCAAGAUACAGCACAUUAAUUAAACCAAAGAACUGGAAUCUUGUCAGUGUCAAUCUUGGGAUGUCUCUAACUGCCCUGUUUCAACUGUCACGUAAAAUUCAGCAUGACUCAUCUGCCAAAAACCAGCAAGCUUCUGCAGAAGAAGAAUAA